AUGUCAUAUAAGCCAAGUUGCUGCAUGUGUGAUCCACCAAGUAUGGAGGACGAUGAGCGAACGGCCAGCCUCUAUUCAGAAGUGUCGGGUAUUCUGGCUGGACAUGAAAUCGAGAAUACGGGUGACGCUGGUCUCUCCCGAUUGAAGGAGUACCUCUAUUAUGCAAUUCCUAGGGACAAAACUUGGAAGCAAACACCUAGAUGGACACCGGAAUUGGAGAGACUGGCACUGCUCCUCUACAAUAAUGCAACAUCAAAGAACACCCAUUUGUGGAUAUCCUUGUUUGAGAAACUGCCGGCUUAUGCAUCACUAGGCCUCUUGAAACUAUACUUAUCCACCGAUGAAACUUCAAAGCUUCAUGAUCCAAUACUGAAAAUCAAUGGCUACAUUCUGAACACGAGAACCAACGAUCUUGACCGGUCGCUUGAAUUGCUAGUCCAGCGCUUUUCCAUUCAAGAGAAACUCUGUGAGAAGAUACUGCUGUCAAGUGAAGCAUGCUUCAGUCAGAUAAUUGUCAAGUUGGUUGCAAAGGUGCAAUUCGCAGACAGGAAAAGUGAGAGAAAUGCAGAUAAAGCGAUAAAUGAACUCAAAUCUAUAUGCGAAUACCAUCAUCGCCUUCUUAAUGUUGAUCUGCUCGAUUACAUAGUGUUUCAAAUUCAUGAUAGAGUUAUAAAUAACGAAUAUGCAUCGAUACAACACCGCAAGAAUGCCUAUUCUUUGUUUAUAGUUUUACACCGAAUAGCAUACUACAUGGAUGAUCUAGUGACUGUUUCGAACAUUGAAACACUUAUCCAACUAGCAGUCAAGGAGGGCCUAGUGAACCUAAAUAGCUGUCAGCUUAUCACUAUGCUGAAGGGGAAAUCUGAGAAUUGGAUAGAUAAUUUUCUUAGCUCUUUAGAGCUUCGUCUGUUCCCGAAUCUGGAUUCUGCCCACUCCUCAACGCCAACUGGGUUGAUCCCCUGGAGUGAAGUGGUUCAAUAUUUCCAAUUUGUUCACUUCCUUCUGAGCAAUGACAUCCAUUUAGAUCACGAAAAAUUUACAGCACUUUAUGAUCUUAUUUUUAGAAUAUCCAAAAUAGUAGACGUUCCUUGGGAAUUUUACGAAUCACUGAGAGUUAGCACAUGCGAUGUGAUCAGUGACGGCUACAGGGUGGGAGAGAUACCAUGUGAGUCCUUGGAAUUAUACGAUACAGUAUUGUCAUAUCUUUUUUUCUCGCCAAAUGAAACCGUAAGAUCUUAUGCAAUGAAAGCUUUAGUCUCAAUCUUUUGCUACGAUGGAGAAAAUAUGAAGAAUGCGUUGAAUAUAAACGAAGGUUGUGAAUUUCCACACAUUUUUCACAAGUUGAUUCCCAUCCCUGUCGAGGACCGCUUUAGUUAUCUUGGUUUUUACAGGUUAUACACAGAUAACAUUUCCAACAUAGUUCGUCCUCCCAUGUUCUCCGAACUACUAUACGUGUUGUACGAGUUUCCCAAUUUGAAAGUGAUGCAGAAGUAUUUUGAGUUUCUUCGUAGUUUACCAACUCAGCAAAGGGAAACAAUGAAAGACUUGUUCCAAAACUUGGAUCCUUGUAUCUCAUGGCCCAAAAAUCCAUCAAACGGUCUAUUUGUGAGGUUUUUUACAAUACAGAUGACUCCGAAUCCACCUGCUAAUGCUGUGGAGAAGGUACAUGAGCUUGUUACGCCUUUAUAUCCGAAACCUUCUCGAAAAGAAACACGCAUAUAUCUAUUCUCACUAAGAAGACAAAAGAAAAUACGAAUAUCAGAAACGGAGAAUUUCAUUGUAUUUGACAUGUUGAAAAUGGAAGACAAUGACAUUCAGGAUUGCUUGUACAAGGUUUUCUCCACACUCAAACUUUCUGAAUAUGUUAUUCACUCUCUGAUUAAUUUGAUCCGGGAACAAGAUGAAGACAUAUUGGAUUUCAUAACUUCUAUUCAGAAUAUUAUGAUGGCGUUGCCAAAGUCCGUCCACAAAUUUGAUAUCAUCAAAGCUUGCCUUGUUGGAGACAAGACAAAGUUUGAUAGAUUCUUGAGAUUUUUUCUCAACUUAAUGCAUAUUCACACAUCCGAUAUCAGACAAGCGGCUAAUGCUUACUCUAACUUAUUGAUGAAUGUCGAAACCGCAUAUAUUGAUUGGGGCUUUGAUGAGAGGGCUGUUUUUUGGGAUACAUUCUUUAACUACACACUAGACCAACAGGAGAAUCAUAUUUUAGAAUAUGCCUUAAGGGGGGUUAAUGAUUUUUUUAAUAAUUUGAGAAAGAGAGAGGAGAUGAUUUUCGUUGAUAACAAAUCAGCUAUAGUGUUUACGAGGGAUAAAAUAGGAUCUUAUAAUGAGACAGAACUAAGAGAUUUCUUGCAUAGGGAAAUCAAGAAAUCUAAAGAUGAAAAGGAGAGGGCAAAGAGGUUGCUUUCACAAAUUACUCUUGAGAAAAAUAAGGAUAGGAAAAUGCACAUCGGUUCCGAUGUUGAGAUAUUAAAGAAGAAAAGUGUCAACACUGGUGCAAAUGAAAUGGAAGUUUCGAUCACAGUAUACCCGAACGGGAAAAGAAACGCCGAGUUUAAAGACGUACGCUCCAACAAAAACCUUGACAAGGGAGAACGGAAAAAGCUAUAUCGUGAAAUGGCCGCUUUGGAUAGUUCCAAUAUUGCAGAUUAUUCAAGCUACAUGAUAAACUUGUUUAGGAAUGAUAUCUUCAAGUCAUGUAUCAAAGGAAAGACACAUGUUGGGAAAUUUGUUGGUCUCAUGUUCAAUGUCGAUUGCAAUUUUGCAACUGCAACAAAUCAAGAACUUAAAGUUAUAUUUCCAAAGGUGAAGCGAUGUCGUAAUUUUAUAUUACAUGAAUCAUUGUAUCUUCGAUUUAACGAGUAUUUGAAGACAAGAUUUUCAUCCAAGCAGAGUACAAGGAGGAACAAAUAA